GUCCCAGGAGCCGUACAUGCUGCCCCCGGAUGCCACCGAGCACUUCGAUGGCUUAUCCCUGCUGUACUGGACCAUCAUGGGUCCCCAUGGCAUCAACAGAGCAGUGGAGAGAUAUGACUUCUCAGACUGCCGGAGAGGCCUGGGGGUGAAGAUCAUUGGUGGUUAUCGGCCAGAGACGGGGGAGGAGUUUGGAAUCUUCAUCAAGAGGGUUCUACCAGGGGGCGUGGCUUCCCAUGACGGGCGGCUGCAUUCUGGCGAUCUGAUUUUGGACGUCAACAACACAAGCUUAGCCGGCGUCACCAAUGACAGGGCAGUGGAGAUUAUCCGUCGUGCCUCAGCAACAAAUCACAUGUCUUUGCUCAUCGCCCGGGACGACGACUCCAAGAAGGAGUUUCGAGAGCUGUUGCAGAAGUACGGCUCCAGCAGCAGCAGAUGUGGACGAGCUUCACCCCCCGCCAUCACUGCAGGUAGACUAACCGAUACGGGUUCGUCGUCCUCCUCCUCCGCCUCCACCUCUCCUCUGCUGCUGAGCCCCGCCCAGAACAACAACACGUCGUCUUCAUCUUCAUCCUCAUCGCAGACCCAACAGCACACCACCGCACAGAAUAACACCAUCUGCCAUGCACACAACACCUGCAACGCCAACAACAGUGACUGCGUUAUCCAGCUGAUAUGUGUCUCCAAGGGAACAGGCCUUGGACUCAUGAUCAAGGGCGGGACUAACAGAUCUGAAGGACCAAUGGUGUACAUACAUGAAGUCUUGGCAGGGGCAGACUGCCAUAAGGAUGGGCGUCUGAGGUCAGGUGACCAGCUGGUGUCCAUCAAUAAGGAGUCGUGUAUCGGCGUCACCCACGAGGAGGCUCAGAGCAUCAUAGUACGCGCCAAACUCAGGCCGGACCCCACAGUUGAGAUCGCCUUCAUCCGUCGUCGCGGCUGCUCUUCCGCUUCCAGCAGCACUAGCACUAGUAUUAGCGACCGCCAGAGUCCCCAGCACACCCAGUCCACCCCCCCUCCCCACACCCCCAGGAGCACCCAGGGAGGGGCAACACACUCCCCCUCCCACACCCCCCCUCAGACCCGGAGCCCCCAAGUCCAGACACGAUGCCCCCACCCACACCCACACACUCACUCCCACGCCCACACCCACAGCCAGACUACGGACACCCCUCCUCCCGGACACCCCCCUCCGCCCUACUCUGCCCCCUCCCCGUCCCCCUCCCCUACACACAAGCUCAGCGCGGCCGCGUCGGCUGGCAGCAAGGCGCUACCCGCACUGACACUCAGCCAGCAACAGGUUUCUGACGUGUGUAUGAAGGGAGAAGAGAGUGUCUGCUGCUCGGCAACCGGCUGUGGUGCUGCCUCCAGUGUGCAGCUAUCAACCAAUGAGAACGCUUGUUAUCCGAGCCCAAAUUCUAGCCCCUCCCACAACCAGGGCAAACCACUCCCACUGGAUAAACUUGAACAGGCUAUGGAGGGACUGGGUUUGAGGCCUUCUGAGGUGCAGAAACAGAACUUACGAGACCGACUCAGAGCAAGCCAGGCAGGAGGAGUCGCACACGGAGAUUUUCAGCCCAUCACCCAGGAGUUGUUCAGGGGUCCGUUAGAGUCAGAAGACAUGAUCUCAGAAGCCUCCUCUCACCGACAGGGCUCCACGUCGGACUCUGAUGACCUCGAUGAGAUGGAGAGACUGAGGAAGGAUCACAUAGAAGCACUAAGAGAAAUCAAGCGCCUACAGGAUAAAGUGUUUGAAUCGGACAGCAAACACCGCCACCUGCUGGAGGAACUGACAAAGUCCAGACAGGCGGUAAGGGGUGUGGAGAUGGACUAUGAGGAGGUGAUCCAUCUGCUGGAGGCCGAAAUCGUGGAAAUGAAGACACAACGCAGCGAUGCCACCGGACCCAAGGAGUCCCAGAACCUGAGGAAGAAGGUGGCCGUGCUGGAAUGCCAACUGCGGAAAACUGAAGCGGCUCGCAAAGGCUUCGAAUCCUCCACUCGCAAGCUGCUCACCUACAUCGAGGCUGUUCAAGAGUUCUUGGAUGAGAAUCCCUCCAUUGGAAGCCCCAAGCCUGAGCCACAUGUGCGUUUCGGCUCCCCCCUGGCGGUCCACGCCGGGUCCCCUGCUGCGUCCGGAGGGGGCGGGUCCAGUUCCCCGCGGCGACGCCAGCCGGCCCCCGCCAACACGGUCGCCUCGCGCACCGCCGCCAUGCUGGCCACCGAGGGACGCGAGGUCACACGCGCCGUCAAGGCCAUCAUCGAGGCCGACUCCACCUGUCUCAGGCGACGUCCUGGACCCACCCGGUGUCCAGUUCUCUGGGGCUGUGUGACGCACGUGACGCCCGCGACGCGACCGCCAUCGCCGCCGGUGACACCACUGAGCAGGCCGCCAUCACCCUGA